AUGCAAAGCGACAACGGCCCGCCGUUUCAAAGCGCAGCUUUCAUCGAGUUCUGGAAAGAUAAAGGGAUUGACAUACGCAAGGCGAUACCUCUCAGUCCUCAAUCCAAUGGAGCAAUCGAAAGACAAAACCAGGGUAUCACAAAAGCUCUGGCAGCUUCCAGGUUGGAUGGUAGAAAUUGGCGUCAUGCUCUGCAAGAAUAUGUCCACCGGCAUAAUACACUGGUUCCUCACUCUCGACUUUCAGUGACACCUUUCGAAUUGAUGGUGGGCUGGAAGCAUCGUGGUACGUUUCCCAGCCUAUGGGGUAGUCCAUCCAACAAGAAACUUGACCGUGAUGAAAUUCGAGAACGAGAUACGGAAUCGAAAUUUUCGAGUAAAACGUAUGCUGAUUCAGUUCGGGGUGCUAAAGAGUCCGACAUCAAAAUUGGUGACGUGGUCCUGUUGGCUUGCCCUAAACGUACCAAAACAGAUGCAACUUAUUCUUCAGAGCGCUUCAGGGUAGUGGCUAGAGAAGGAGCAAAAGUGGUGGUAAUUAGUCGCACAGGCGUACAAUAUGCAAGGAAUGUACAGGAGGUUAAAAAAGAUCCUGUUCUUGAAACAGCUGCAGAGCUGGCCGACGAGGAACUUGAUAACCAAAUAGAUGAGGGCGGAUUUCCAGCUUUGGAAAACGUUGCAGGAGCUCCGGAGGAUGGCGAGUCUAUUUUAAUCCAGCAGGCGAAUGAACCACGAUCACUUCGUAGCCGGAAAUCUAUGAAACGUCCUUCCAGAUUUAACGAUAACUUCGUGUACCGUGUGUUCCACUAG